UUUAGAACAAUGAAAAAGCAAAUGCAAAUGCAAAUAUAGGAUUGAGGACCAAAGCGUGGGGUCUCUCAACUUCACCUCUUUGCUGAGACCCCCCAUGUUUGGGGUUACGUUCCUCUCUUUAAUUAGUCUCUACGUCCCUCUUUGAUAUUUCUUUAGAAAUGGAAAGUUCAAAUGGAUCAAGCUUGAAAAAUUUCUCCUUUUCAAACAAGCAGUUGAUCAUGGACUCCAAUUCAGAGGGAUCAGGAUCGAGUCACCAUCAUCGGUGUAACUCGGAGAGCUUUCUUAUAGAGGAGCAACCUUCUUGGCUUGAUGACCUUUUAAAUGAACCUGCAGAAACACUAGUUGUACACAAAGGUCAUCGUCGUUCAGCUAGCGACACUUUCGCAUACAUAGGAGCAGCUGCAGAGAGGUUAAACACAAGGGAAAAUAACAACAAUGUAAAUGUAGGAGGAUCUUCAAUCAACUAUGUCAGUUACAAAGAUCAUUUUACUUCAGUUUCCUUUGACACAAAGCCAACUUUUGCUAAGGCUGCUCUGGAAUUGAAUGAGAAGCAUAACAGAGAGGUCACAAGUACACAAAACAAAGAGGGCUCUAGUGAAAGAUCAAACAAUACACAAGCCAAACAUUCCAUGUCCAAGGCUGAUGCAAAACGUGCUAAACAGCAAUCUGCUCACCGAUCACGUGUCAGAAAACUUCAGCACAUAGCUGAACUUGAAAGAACAGUUCAAGCUUUGCAGGCAGAAGGAUCUGAACUCUCUGCUGAGCUUGAAUUUCUUGACCAACAAAAUAUUAUACUGAGCAUGGAGAAUAGAGCCCUGAGGCAGCGUUUGGAUAGCUUAUCGCAAGAGCAGCUCAUAAAACAUUUGGAGCAAGAGAUGUUGGAGAGGGAACUUACAAGGUUACAAACUCUGUAUCAGAUGCAGAGGCAACAAGUGCAACAACAACAGCAUCAGCAGCCACAACAGCAGAAUCACUCUAAACAUCGUCGAAACAAAAGCAGAGAUCUUGAAGCCCAAUUUGCCAACCUCUCAAUCAAGAACAAUGAAGCCAGUUCCAGCAGAGUUCAGGUUACUGGUUCAGUCCGGAUGUAAAUGAGACUCAAUUUUUUUACAGCCGCCAAGUGGAAUGCCUCUAUCUUUUUUUCCUUUUUCCAUUUAAAUAUAGCGACUUGGUAUUACUAAAGAAAACUUUUAGAGUAAAAGAUGAUUGAAAAUUCUGCCCUGCCAUGUAUAUCUUAGGCUUUCUACUACAGCCUAGUCCUGACUGAACCAAUUAAAUUGUGCAGAUGUGGAAGUGAGGUUUGCUGUAAAUUGUGACUAAGGUGACCAUCCAUUCUGCUUUCAGGUUUCACACAUGUAAACAUGUUCUGCAUAGUAGAGAUGGUUUUUGUAUUAAUGCAGAAUCCAAUAAUUUUCUUGCUUAUUGUACAAACUUGAUGCUAA